ACUGGAUUUUGAAUUAGCGGAAGAGAGAGCAAACAAAUCGGCAGCUUACGUCCGUAAACUUGCCGAAGUUAUUACAAAAUAUGAAAGAGAUAUAAAAAAUACCACAGCCUAAAGACUAUGACCUUGAAAUUAUAAAAAUAAGAAUUUUCGAGUCACAUCACGGGAUCUUUUGGAGUUGAAUUGAUGUCACAAGGUAAAUAAAUACAUUGAAAUAUAUAUAUAUAUAAAUAAGAAGAGCAUCGUACUUACCAUCAUUCAACGAAGGAUAUACGAAUCGUAUGUACGUAAGUAAGUACGUGUAGUUGUAAAUUAAGUGAAUGUAUCUAUGAGAAUUUAUCUGCCACGUUGUGAACGUUUAUUUUUCAAUAGAAAUAUAUCUACAAUGUCGAAAAAAAUUAUUUGUCUAUUUGAUAUCGACGGUACAUUAACUAAACCACGUUUGAAAAUAGAACCAAAUAUUGAAAAAUCAUUAUUAGAAAUAUCUAAAAGAGAAAAAUUUGACAUAGCCGUUGUUGGUGGAUCUGAUCUUGAUAAAGUAAAAGAACAAUUGGGAGGCAAUGAUGUAUUUAAAAAAUUCAAAUAUGUAUUCUCUGAAAAUGGCCUUGUUGCUUUCAAAGACGGCAAGCAACUCGCAUCUGAGACAAUUCAAAACUUCAUAGGCGAAGAUUCAUUGCAAGAUUUUAUAAACUUCUGCUUGCGGUAUAUAGCUGAUUUAAAAUUACCUUUCAAACGCGGAACGUUCAUUGAAUUUCGUACGGGAAUGAUAAAUGUGUCGCCAGUCGGUCGUAAUUGCAGUCAGAAAGAACGCUUACAAUUUUAUGAAUACGACAAAGAGCAUCACGUACGUGAGAAAUUUAUUCAGGCUUUGAAAAAAGAAUUUUCUGACAUGGCACUGACCUACAGUAUCGGUGGGCAAAUAUCAUUUGAUGUCUUUCCUAUUGGAUGGGACAAAACUUACUGUCUGCGGCACGUUGAUGAGUACGACGAGAUUCAUUUCUUUGGUGACAAAACACGAGAAGGUGGAAAUGAUUAUGAAAUUUAUGAAAGCGAUUUAACUACCGGUCAUCGCGUGUCAGGUCCCGAGGAUACACUCAAGCAAUUGAAAAUUCUCUGUGAAAUUCUCAAUGAAAAACGUAGUAAAGAGUAGCCUGCUAAGUAUUUAUUAAUUUUUUUAUUUGGCGCCAAGUGAAAAUAUUCAAAAUUCAUAUCCACUAUCAGCCGCUCAAAUCCGUCAGUAAUUAAUAUUUUUUUUAUUGGAUAUUUUUGCGUCACUUUUUAUUUAAAACCUUCUAAGUAUUUUUUUUUGUGAUUUUAUCAACGUUUUUUAAAAGAAAUUUUUUUUUAUCAUUCCGCUCCUGCCAAUAAAAAAAUUUUCGUUUAAAAAAAAUGUUUAUUGUAAAUCAAACAGUUAACAAUUUAUUACUAAUUUUAUUUAUUGUUAAAUGUAUACAUAAUAUAUA